AUGGGGGGCGACUGGCGCGAGGUCCAGAAGCGGCUUCUGAUUGAAGAAAGCGAUGCAUGGUUUGAUCGGCACGGCAUGCGGCUGCAGCUGCUGCGGCUGCCGCUGUCUCUACCGCCGAACUGCAGCAGCUGGGCAGAUGUAGCAGCACAGCUGCAGCUCUACCCUCUGCAUUUGAAGCUACUUAACCACCAGCGGCUCCUCGCGAAACGGAUAAAGGCCAACUGGAGCUUCUCAGCAUACGGGCGCAACUGCCCCAGCGAUCCGCGCAACCGCCACUUGCCCUUCCGGCUGCAGCCGCUGCCACGUGCGGUUGCUGCUGAGCUGCCGCAGCUGAGUCGUGAGUUGUUGUGUGAAGACUUCGAUGGUUUGCUGCUAACGGUGCACAGCAAGCAGGUCCGGCCCAAGCCUUCUUCGGGGAAAAACGAGGUGCCGAACACGGUGGGGUUUUCCAAGGUGUUUGGCGGCUGCCUGAUUGAAUCUCUCGCUUCUAAUGAGCGGCAGCUGCGGGCCUUGUGGGUAAAUCACCGGCUGUCAGCUCGCAGCACGCGGCUGCUGCUGCAGGUGAUGCUGCCUCGCGCCGUCGUGGAGGCCUUUGCGCUCGAGGCGUUCACUUACGUCCCGUCCCCGCUGCAGCAGCAGUAUCAGCAGCAAACAAGGGUGCAAAGCUUCAAGUCUGUCUUUAUCGACAGGAGAGACCUCGACUUGUGGCCCAGGCAGUGCUGGAUGCUCCUGCCAGCCAUCAAGAACUUCGGGUGGCCGCUGCACUACGACAUAAAGGGAAAGGCCGCUGCAGUUCAUCUGGAUGCAGGCGUUAGCGAAAGCCUGACUUGCAGCUGUCAGCUGUCGCGGACUUGUCUUCGCCCUAGCGAGCAAGCCACUGUGGAUCGCUUUCUGAUGGUAACGGAGCCGCUGUUGCACUUGCUGCUGCCGCCUCGCGCUGAGCGGCGCGGCCUGAAGAUUGACAACCACCCGCUGUUCUGUCGGCAGGAACAGAGUCCGUCCUCUGCCUCCGCCUCUGCAGCAAAGAGGAAACAGGGGCGGAAGCGGAAGCGCAGUCCUCAGGAGUCUCUUCAGGAAGACGCCUUGGGUGGGGAGCGAAAGGGGUGGAGAGAGUUUAUAGGAAGCGGUCGCGAUGAGGAACUUGCAAGAGAGGCCGCCUGCCUGCUCUCAGGCUGUGCCUACUCUCCGCCGCCUUCUCUCUUCAGCAAAGAAGAUGAGUGGUGCGGGUUGACACCUGAAGAUGUACUUAAUUUGGUGUCCGACUGCGAGCAGGAGGAGUCCGGCGAUGAGUCGCGGGGCGCACAAUCUGCGGCCGUAACACAGGCUAAGCCCUCUGCUUCAGGCCGGCACACGAAGCAGGCGAGUGCACGGCAGCCGCCUCAGAAACCUAGCGGAUUUUCGGCUGUCAAGACACCCCAAAACCCACCUCCUCAGUCGAGUCGGGGCCGCAGCCGCUCCACGGCAGGGCCGCCUUCCAACGCACCAGCAAGAUGGCCGGCGACACUCCGGGAGGGCUGUUUGCAAGCUCACUGCUCCCCUUUGUCAUCUCAGCAGAGUCCCACAGACUUCGGUGACCGAGGCAUUGAGGGCCACACAAAACCGUGCCCACAGGACAGUAUUCUUACGGACCCUGGAAAGGGGUUGGUUGCUGCUGGGGAUGGUUUGAAUUUGGCAGGUGAGGUCGGAGGCGGCGUGCGGCGUAGCUUACGUGUUUCGAAGAAGAGCAAACAAGCGUCUUCGUGA